UGUUUGGUUGCAUAAAAUUUUCUUUUCCACAGACUUCCAAAGACCGCUCUCCUCACUCUCCGAAGAAGAAAUCAAUGACCGGAAUGGAUACCAUGGAAACGAAGCAGUUUUUGAUGACAAAUCUGAUGGAAAACGACAACGCCGUGGGAUAGGACGUGAUGUAACACUAUGGCCGAAAGAUGGAAAUGGAGAACUGCAUAUUCCCUAUACAAUAGAUCCAAGUAUUACUAGAAAUGCACAAUACCAUACAAGAAUUCUCGGCUUCAUCAAACAAAUGAAUUCGUUUAUCAAAUGCAACUCGGACGUAUGGAGACCAAGAACAAACGAACAAUCUUAUGUCAACUUUCAGAUACACGCUGGGUGUUCAAGCUGGGUUGGAUUAGUUCACCAGUCUGUCCAACCACAAUAUCUUCGUCUGUCCGAUGGUUGUAUAAUGUUCAACAACGGCAGUGUUCUUCAUGAAAUGAUGCAUGCCAUGGGUUUUUAUCACGAACAUGCUAGAGAGGAUCGUGAUCGAUAUAUUCGUGUCAAUACAAAUAACAUUCGUGAUGGUGCAUUAGAUAAUUUUGCAAAACUUGGUACUAAUAGUCUUGGAUCGCCUUAUGAUUACGGCUCAGUAAUGCAUUAUGGUGAAUUUACUUUUACAAAAAAUAAUCUGCCGACGUUAACAAAACUGGAUACAAGUGAUACACAAAGGAUUGGUCAACGUGAUGGGCUGUCUGAGCAAGAUAAAUUGCAAAUAAAUUUAUUGUAUAAAUGUAAUAAUGACGAAGUACUGAAAACCACAACAUCAACGACAACAAAACGUCCUACAACUACCACGACAACAACAACUCCAACAACAACAAUGACAACAACGACAACAACAAAAAGUCCUACAACUACCAUGACAACAACAACUCCAACUACCACGACAACAACAACUCCAACAACGACAACAACAAAAAGUCCUACAACUACCACGACAACAACAACAACAACUCCAACAACGACAACAAAACGUCCUACAACUACCACGACAACAACAACUCCGACAACAACGACAACAACGACAACGACAACUCCAACUCCAACGACAACAAAACGUCCUACAACUACCACGACAACAACAACUCCAACAACAACUCCAACAACAACAACUCCAACAACAACAUCAACGACAACAAAACUUCCUACAACUACCACGACAACAACAACUCCAACAACGACAACAAAAACUCCUACAACUACCACAACAUCCACAACUCCAACAACGACAACAACGACAACUCCAACAACCACUCCAACAACAACAACAACAACGACAACUCCAACAAUAACAACAACGACAACGACAACUCUAACGACAACAAGAACUCCAACAACGACGGCAAAAAGUCCUACAGCUACCACGACAACAACAACUCCAACAACGACAACAACAACUCCAACUACCACGACAACAACAACUCCAACAACAACGACAACGACAACUCCAACGACAAAAAAACGUCCUACAGCUACCACGACAACAACAACUCCAGCAACGACAACAACAAAAAGUCCUACAACUACCACGACAACAACAACUCCAACAACAACAACAACAACAAAACGUCGCACAAGUACCACAACAUCCACAACUCCAACAAUAACGACAACAAAAAGUCCUGCAACUAUCACCACUUCAACAACAACGAAAAUAACGACAGUAAAAAGUCCUGCAAUUACAACUACAACUGUAGUUCCUGUCAAAACUGAAAAGAUCCCGUUUAUUCAGUGUCGAGGAAAUAUUAUUGCUGACGCAGUAUGUGAGAAAAACGGACCAGGUCUGAUGGCUUUUCCAACUGACAAUGGUUAUUUUAUCAACUGUGUUGGAAAAAUGGCUUGGUCGUGUCAAAUGUGUCCAGGAGGAACCGUGUUUAGUAACAAAUGUGAAAGAUGCGUCGAUGUAUUUGAUGUUGAUUGCCCGGUUGUUCCUAAAUCUACCACCACCACCACCAAAACAUCAACGACUACAACUUCGACAACAACAACAACGACAAAAUCACCACCAGUUUGUCCAACAAAUCUAUGCAAAGCUGACAGCAAAGUGAGAACGGCGAAUCCAAACAACAGUCACCAAUUUAUUAUUUGCUUAUCUGGCAUAUCCUUUGGAUGUCAAAUGUGUCCACACAAUUUAGUCUUUAACGAUAGGAUUGGUGUGUGCGAUUUCUCAAGUAACGUUUUGUAAAAAAUGUCUAUUGGGCGGCUUGCAAGUAAUUUAGACAUCUACAGUGUUGUGAAAACGCACUGUGGUACACCCACAAUAAUAACCUGAAGUUUCUUAUUGAGGUUUCGAAUUCUGGUUACCUACUUUUUUUCUAUGAAAUUCAAUCAACACUUCUUUUCCACAUAGUUUUUUCUCCUGUUUAUCGUUUUGGCAUUCCUGUUCGACGGGUAAUUUUGUCUUCUUAUUCAAAAGCUUCAUAAUCCGUCUUUUAAUGAUUAAUUGUUGUUUUCACAAGAAGGAUAUGUUACUUUGUAUAUAGUUUAUUUUUGGUUUUGUUUUUUUAUUAUUUGAAGAAAUAUAUUUAUUUAUAAGA